AUGAUUUAUCACUCUGUCACUUCGAAAAUCUACAACAAUAUUGCAAGGCUUUCAAACAAUACAACAAUACUUGUUCUCAUCGCAGGAAUCACUGGCAACUUGGGCACUCGCCUGGCAAAGGUUGCAACCUCGAGGGGUUUACAGGUCCGAGGUUUGGGUCGUGAUCGCACAAAGCUCGACGAGAAGAAGACUGGGAUUAUUGAAUCAUUCAUCACCUCUCAGACCUAUUACGACAUUCCUGCACUCGAAACAGCGGUCGAAGGUGUUGAUGCUGUUAUCUGCGCCUAUUCACCCACCGCUAUACUGGACUUGGAGGGUCACCUCCUUCUCUUCCGUGCCGCCGAACGCGCAGGCGUCACUAUCUUCCUCGCUUCGUCCUGGGGCCACCCUUUGGAUAAAAUAUCUUUUGGCGAGUAUAAACACUACAACACUCACAUUGCAUUUAAACAACAGGUAGCAAUGACCAGCUCUAUAAAGCCGGUCUUCAUGAAUGUCGGAAUAUUCGCCGACCUUCUAUACGGUCCGUUUGGACCAGGUGGCUGGGACACAACUGGUGCAAAUCCCACAAUUGAAUAUUGGGGGCAGGGAAACAAGCGGAAGAUCCAUUGGUCUGAGCUCAAUGACGUGGCCGAAUGGACGAUUGAUGUCCUGCAGAGCAAGGACAUACAGGCGGGCAAGGGCGGCACAUAUCAAAUGCAAUCCGGAGCUUCUACUCUUGAAGAGUUCGCAGCCACUUGGACGAAGGUGACCGGAGAGGAAGUUAACCUGGUCAACCGAGGCAGCCUGGAAGAUCUCGAGUCGUUGGUUUACACUGCGCGCAAGGAGAAAGGUACGGGCCGCUAUAUCGAGUACCUAGUUAAUGCAACAUCACUCCUCCACACAAGAGGAGCGUUCAUUAUAACCGAAUUUGACCUCAUGGAAAGCUCAAAGACCCGCACUACUUUGGAGGAAUAUGUUACAGCACUUCUUACGAAUCGCAAUACUAUCAAGGAGUAUAUUAAAAAGCUUGAGUCAGUACAUUAA